UGAAACUCCGUGGCAGAGCAUAGCGCCGCAGUAAAAGCGACCCCAACACGGCCUCGUGGAGCACCUUGUGUCUGCGCCAUGAGGAUCGAACGUUGUUAUUUUUGUUCCAGUAAGGUUUACCCUGGCCACGGGAUUCAGUUCGUGAGAAAUGACUCCAAGGUCUUCCGAUUCUGUCGACCACGGUGCCAUAAGGGUUUCAAGAGGAAGCGCAACCCAAGGAAUGUACGAUGGACCAAGUCAUUCAGAAAGGCAGCAGGGAAAGAACUGACAGUGGACCCUUCCUUUGAGUUUGAGAAGCGACGCAAUGUGCCAGUUAAAUACAACAGAGAGCUUUGGCAGAAAACAAUGGACGCCAUGAAGCGGGUAGUGGAGAUCAAGACCAAGCGUGAAGGCAAGUUUGUCAUGGACCGUCUCCUCAAGAGUCAGGAGCACCAGCGUGUACACGACAUUGUUGAGGUCCGCAAGGGAAUGAGUCUCAUCCGCUCUCCAGCUGCUGGACUCAAGAGGAAAAAGUUGAUGGAUGAAGAAGAAAUGGAACUGGAAGAGGAAGUGAAGCAGAGGGUGGCAGCCGGACCAUCAGGUAAGAAGGUGGAGGUGAAGAAAAAGAAGAUAGUGGAGGAAGUUACAAUGUCCGAUGAUGAAAUGAAGAUAGAAGAGGAUGAUUCUGAUGAUGAUGUAGAUAAUGAUAGUGAUGACAGUGAUGACAAUGAUGGUGGUGGUGAUAGUGAUGAUGAUGAUAGUGAUGGUGAUGACAAUGAUGAAUGAUUCUAAUAGAGUCUAUAUAUAUUUCAACUUAAAAAAUGUUGUGCAAGUGUGUGUGUAUAUGUGUGUGGAAGUAAAGUAAGUAUGUUUAUGUACGUUGACCUAUGGUAUGGAUAGAGUGAUAAAUGUGUCCAUGUAUGAAUUUCAUGAUCGUGUAGGCAAAUAAAAUAUUUUAAAACU